CUGAACUGUGGUUCAGGUGCUAGCUGUUUUAUGCACCUAAGUGAACUUGUAUUGUUUAAUCUGGUACCAAGUGGUGAAUCAAUUGGUCAUCAGUUGGCUUGAUUCGUCUAGAGCACAUAAAUGGCUCACUAUACAGAUCGAAAUGGUGCAAGGGAGCUUGGAUUCAAAAAAGUUUGACCUGAGGGAUACUCACAACAUCGACAAUAAAAUCCUGGGCUUUUGUAUGAGUAGAGAGCUUUCAUUUUCUCGUUGGUGUGAUGAAGAUUCAAGGGUCCAUUUGGAUCAACAAUUAAGUAAUGCAGAUGCUAGCCGAGAGGAAGCCAGAGAUUCUGAUUUUGAAUUGCCUUUUAUUGACACAGAUCAGCUGCAAAUAAGGUAUCAGCAUAAGGGUAUGCAUAUGAAUGGUGUUGGCACCAUGGGUGAUGAUACUGUUUAUCUGAAUGGUAAUGGAUCUGAGAAGUAUGUUCCUUUAGACAUUGAAAAUGGGGCUGCAAGGCAAAAAGUUGGUGACUCUACCGUUUCUCUAGCUAGGCAUGGAUCAUUGAGAGGAAGCUCAGCAAAUCUUGUUUCUGCUGCAGAUAUUCUAAAGACAUUGUUUUUCAUACUUUUAUGGUACACUUUCAGCCUCUUUUUGACCCUGUACAAUAAAAGUCUGUUAGGUGACACUAUGGGAAAGUUUCCAGCUCCUUUCCUGAUGAAUACUAUCCACUUUGCAAUGCAAGCUGUGUUUUCAAACUUUAUCACUUGGUUUUGGUCUCAUAGAUUCCAAACUAGUGUUUCUAUGUCUUGGAGGGAUUACUUAUGGCGAGUUGUACCAACUGCUCUAGGGACAGCAUUGGAUAUUAACUUGAGCAAUGCUUCUCUUGUUUUCAUCUCUGUCACUUUUGCUACAAUGUGUAAAUCUGCUGCUCCAAUUUUUCUCCUUCUAUUUGCUUUUGGUUUCAGGUUGGAGACUCCAAGCUUUAAACUGUCAGGCAUCAUCUUAGUUAUCUCCAUUGGUAUAUUACUAACAGUUGCAAAAGAGACAGAAUUUGAAUUUUGGGGAUUUGUACUUGUUAUGCUUGCUGCUGUUAUGUCUGGGUUCCGUUGGUGCAUGACUCAGAUCCUUCUGCAGAAAGAAGCCUAUGGGAUAAAAAAUCCGCUUACCUUGAUGAGCUAUGUAACCCCAGUAAUGGCAGGGGCAACUGCUCUUCUCUCUCUUGCAUUGGAUCCAUGGGGGGAAUUCAGGCAAAAUGAAUAUUUUAAUAGUCCAUGGCAUAUUACUCAGAGUUGUUUACUGAUGCUUUUAGGUGGCGCACUUGCUUUUCUUAUGGUAUUAACAGAGUAUGUUCUUGUCUCAGUAACUAGUGCGGUCACAGUUACAAUAGCUGGGGUUGUAAAGGAGGCUGUCACCAUAUUGGUUGCUGUCCUGUACUUUCAUGAUCAAUUUACUUGGUUGAAAGGACUUGGUCUCUUCACUAUCAUUGUUGGUGUUAGUUUAUUCAAUUGGUACAAAUACUGGAAGCUUCAGAAGGGUGAAGCAGGUGAAGAGCAUGUGGGUGGGACCUUCAAAACAGAUUCGGCUACAAAGUAUGUUAUCCUUGAUGAGAUGGAUGAGCAAGAAGAGAGUUCCUGAUUUAUGAAGUCAUUGUUAAAAACCAUCGUUCAAAACAGUCCCUUGUGUAUAUUUUGAAGCUGAUUGGGUGGAGAGAAGAGAGAACCAAUUUCCCACAUAUAAUAAACAAUAUUUUGUCUUUUAUUUUGCUUCAUUCAUUUGACAUUCUCUCUGAGAUAAUUCCAUAGAGGCUGUUGUAUAUUACAGAACAAUAACUUGCUAUUGUGUUAUAAUCUUGAAAUUUUGGUUGGACUGUGCAUAAGUUAUUUUAAAUGCCGGAUGAAUACUUACAGAUU